GGCGGCGGCGGCGGCAGCGUGUUCGGUUGCGCGUGCCGCACGGGGUGGCAGCGGAGCACACCGGGAGGAGGCGCUGCCGCGCGUGAAAACGGGGCGACCAUGGGGAACGUGUUGGCCGCUAGCUCGCCGCCCGCAGGGCCGCCGCCGCCGCCUGCGCCUCCCCUCGUGGGACUGCCACCGCCUCCGCCCUCUCCUCCGGGCUUCACGCUGCCGCCGAUCGGGGGCAGCCUGGGUGCUGGAGCUGGCACAGGUCGAGGUUCCGAACGGACCCCGGGGACUGCGGCCGCCAGCGCUGGAGGAACCGGGGAUGAUAGGGCCUGCGGCUGCCUGCCCAACCCGGGCACGUUCGAGGAGUGCCACCGGAAGUGCAAGGAGCUGUUUCCUAUUCAGAUGGAAGGUGUCAAGCUCACAGUCAACAAAGGGUUGAGUAAUCAUUUCCAGGUGAACCACACAGUAGCCCUCAGCACAAUCGGGGAGUCCAACUACCACUUCGGGGUCACGUACGUGGGGACAAAGCAGCUGAGUCCAACAGAGGCCUUCCCCGUGCUGGUGGGUGACAUGGACAAUAGUGGCAGCCUCAAUGCUCAGGUCAUUCACCAGCUGGGCCCCGGCCUCAGGUCCAAGAUGGCCAUCCAGACCCAGCAGUCAAAGUUUGUGAACUGGCAGGUGGAUGGGGAGUACCGGGGUUCCGACUUCACAGCGGCUGUCACCCUGGGGAACCCAGACGUCCUGGUGGGUUCAGGAAUCCUCGUGGCCCACUACCUCCAGAGCAUCACGCCGUGUCUGGCCCUGGGCGGAGAGCUGGUCUACCACCGGCGGCCUGGGGAGGAGGGCACUGUUAUGUCACUAGCUGGGAAAUACACAUUGAACAACUGGUUGGCGACAGUCACGUUGGGUCAGGCGGGCAUGCAUGCAACAUACUACCACAAAGCCAGUGACCAGCUGCAGGUGGGUGUGGAGUUCGAGGCCAGCACAAGGAUGCAGGACACAAGUGUCUCCUUCGGGUACCAGCUGGAUCUGCCCAAGGCCAACCUCCUCUUCAAAGGUACAGGCCUCCGUUGCCCUGCGUGGGAAACAGGCAAGAGGCAGCCGGGCUCAGAGGCUGGGUUUGGGCAGCAGCGCUUCGGCUUCUCUGCUCCUGUUCA